AUAUUCAAUUACAGACUACUGAAUAACGAUAAUAUUGCAUUAAUUAAAUAAUAAUGAAUUUUUUUAGGAGAAAUUAUAAUAUUGUAUUUUAAAGAUGAUAAAAAUUUUAAUUUGUUUAUUUUAAAUUCAUUAACCUUUAGAAUACUAAAUAUAUUCCUAUGUUUCAAUUAUAGUUUAUUACUAUAAAACCUUAAGAAUGAAUUUAAAUCCUUUGUCAGAUUGUGAGAAAGGAUUUGUUUUAGAGGCUGCUUCCCAAAAAACUCGCCUUGAUGGUAGAAAAAGGAAUGAUUAUCGUUCAUUAAAAAUUGAAUUUGGUCUUGAUUGGGGAAGUUGCUUAGUUUCACUAGGUUCAACUCGUGUGUUUGCACAAGUAAGUUGUGAAAUUUAUCAACCUAAUAAUAGUCGUCCAAACGAAGGUGUUCUUCAAAUUUCUGCAGAACUUGUUGGUGAUAAUAAAUUGGCUGACUUAACUAAAAUCAAUCAAGUUCUUGAAAGAUUCUAUAAAGAUUCAAAAUGUAUAGAUCUUGAAGCAUUGUGCAUAGUUGCUGAAGAAAAAGUUUGGAAAAUAAAAGUUGAUUUAAGUGUAUUGAAUAUGGAUGGCAAUACUUUGGGAUGUUGUUCUAUUUCUACAUUAGCUGCUCUAAUGCAUUUUCGAUAUCCAGAUGUUGUUUCUACUGGAGAAAAGGUUAUUAUAUUUUCUAGUUCUGAACGAGAUCCAAUACCACUGUCAUUACAUCAUUAUCCUGUUGUUACAAGUUUUGCUAUUUUUGAAAAAAAUGAUUUUAUUAUUUUGGAUCCAUCAUUUUUAGAAGAAAAAGUGUGUGAUAGUAAGUUGUCUAUAUGUUUUAAUAAUCAUAGAGAGCUGUGUGGCGUAGAUAUUGAAGGCUGUGCUUGUUUAAGUCAAGAGCUUUUGAUGAAUUGUUCAAACCAAGCAUCUAUUGUUGCAAUUGCACUUGUAGAUAAAAUUAAGUCUAAAAUCAAGGACGAUCUAGAAAAACGUUUUAAGAAGUUAAUGCAAGGUUUAGAACCUAAAAUUGCUGAUGAAAGUGAUUUAAAAUUACCAGAAAAAUUGGAGAUUAUUGGACCAAAAAAUGUAGAAAUCGAAAAAGAAGAAAUUGAAGAAAAAAUGGAAGUUGAACAGAAUGUAGUUAAAGUAGCAGUAGACACAACCAUUGCCACCUGUCGUGAAAGUAUUAAAAAAAUAAGUGUACUAAAAGAUUCCAUUCCAAAUGACUUAGUAAUCAUUGAUACAGAGAGUAGUGAAUCUACUGAAAGUGAUGAAGAUGAUGUUGAAGUUGUAAAACAAUAUAAUUUAACAGAUAGUAGACCUGUUAUUGGAAAAUAUGUUGUUUCAGAUGGUGAAGAAAGUGAUACUAUAGUACUUGACUAAGCUGAGAUUAAAUAAAUAAAAUAGAUAACAAACCAUGAAUUAAUUUUGUUUUUUUAUUGGAAUGUAAAUACUUUAUUUUAAACAGAAUACAACUUCAAGAUGUGUUAAAUA